AUGAACAGCGAGGCGAAGCCCUUUGAUCACGAGCCCUCGCCAGCAGCACCGCCAGCUCAUGCUCCUGUGUGUCAGAACAGCGAUGCCAACGGUAGCGAGGCUUCCUCGAGCUCGAGCUUUACCCUUGAGUAUGGGCUGGACGAAAAUGACAGCGAGCUCUUCUCGGCUGCCCAUGCGCCCUCGACGAACCCCUCCGUCCUCGAUCCUCAUGCCGACGGCCCACACGGAUGCAGCGGCCCACCCAGGAAAGCGCUCGCGCGGGCAUUAAGCUCAUGCAGCGAGCGGGCCACCGUCGUGGAAAUCGAAGACGCCGUGCCGUCCGUACCAACCACGCCUGUGCGGCUGGCACAGCCGCCCUUUGGACACUGUGAUAGCGGUGCUCAUCCGCCGGCAGAGGCGGUUGCGUCUGACCCCCCAGCCCAGUCCAUCCAGCAACUCAUCGACUGGUACACCCGCCACUACGACAGCGGCGUCGAGGCGACAUACCACUACGUGGUAGCAUUCAUCAACCUCGGCUCAGGUGAGACGGGCAUGGGGGAGGAGGUGCUUGGCGCCUUGCGCGACGAGCUUGGCACGAAGCGUGUGAUGACCCUGCGUGGGGAGGCGUUCAUGAACCCCGCCCCGCUACGUCUUCUCAUCAAGCGGCAGGCCGUCAUCUAUCACACCCCUGACCGGCCACCGUGUCAGCAGCGCGGCACCGUUGUUGGGUGCGGCGGUGACGGCACCGUGUCGUUUAUCAUGGCGCAACUGGAUCUCGUGCGCCGCGAGCUAGAGGAGGAGUUUCAGCCCUUCCUCACCGCGUCUCAGGUGCAGCAGGUGCAGCAGCGGCACCGUGAGAAGUCUGCCUUCGCCACGUCCAGCUUGCGCGAUGAGCAGGUGCAUCCGUAUUUCACGAUGCCCGCCCUCGCACCGCUCCCACUCGGUACGGGGAACGACUACAGCAACUGUAUGGGCUUCGGCGAUGCCUUUUCAUCCAGCAGGAGCGCCUGGUGCGGGCUUUGCACCCUCUGCGGAUGCGGCAGCGAGGCAGGCGCGCAGGUGGCCACGGCCUUGUGUGAUGCCGUGACAGCCCCGUGCGUGAACUUCGACCGGUGGGAGGCCUCGCUGGUGCCGCUGCGAGUGGCGCAAGCAGCGGUGCGGUCUGAGUCCUCGCAAGCAGCGACUGAGGCGGCACAGGGGGCAACCCCGGACGUGCCCUCCAAGGUCAAAGUCGCGGCCUCGGCGCACGCUGCCACCUCCACGGGCGUGCAGGCCCUUCACUCGCCGCUGUGGAACCGCGCCGCUCGGCCCGCAAACGUGGCGAACGCGGUGUGUCUUGUCGACUGGGACAAAGUGCAUGCGAGCGGGCAGUGCGCCACGUACGGAGUCAUCAACUACUUGGGCGUGGGCUUCGACGCCUACGUGGUGAAGAAAUUUGACGACACCCGGCGCGCGCACCCGACGGUGUGCCGCACUCGCGCGCAGAACAAGGCCGUGUACGGGGUGAUGGGGAUCAGGGCCUCGCUCAGGUGCAAGAAGCUGUACAAGAUCAUACCAAUGGUCUGCGUGCCGCGUCCGCAGCUGAGCGGGGUUGGCGUCGCUGCGGCUGCGACGAGAAGUAUGGGUAGCACACGCGACUUUGUAGCGCUGCAGCUGCCCUCCACGGCGAAGGCACUGGUGCUGACGAACGUGAACUGCUACUCCGCCGGCACUCACCCGUGGAAUCCGAAGCGCGGCAAACUGCACUACCGCCCGGUCACGCUCCACAACGGCAAGGUCACGCCAACACUCACGACCAUCCCUAGCGGCGCUGUAGUAGAGGCGCUUCCGUCACCGACCCCUCGGCCGGUGGCCAUCAACGACCGCGCCUUCGAGCUGCAGGCCAUGGGCGGCGUGCUGCACUACACCUCUCUGGGCAUCGGGCUCAGCACCUCCACGAAGCUCAUUCAGGCCGACGAGAUGUUCGUCUUUGUUCUCUGCACGCCGGGCGAUUUGUACUUUCCGAGUGGCCAGUGCUCCGCUUACACGCAGCUCAACCUGAAAGCGAAGUACGAGGCCCGCAUCGAGUCGGACGACAGCGUGCGCGCAAGCUUGAACGUGCAGAUCGACGGCGAUCCAAUGCCGCCUAUCACCGAGUCGACGAUCAUCCACGUACGACCGCAGCCAGGGACGUCAGUGCUUGUCCGCUGCCGCAGCGCCAGCGUCGUUCAGUGA